UCAUCAUGUCAAAGCCGCACUCCAAGACCGUCCGCGGAACAUUUGAUAACCCCAAAACAAAAGCCGCCAUCAAGGCAGGCGACAACCCACCCCAAAUAGGCGACCCUACCUCGUUAAAGCCAGAGACAUAUGAUAACACGCCCGACAACCGGAAAGUUGCUCAGUCGCUGGUCCCUAACUCGUCUUCAGACACGAAUGAUGACGACCUCUCCAAGUUCAAGGAUAGCGAUGACCUUCCCCACUCCAAGAAAGUCAGAGGAACGCUAGCGAACACGGAUGGAAAGAAAGUCAACAAGACGCAGUUGGGCGACCCCACGAGCUUGAAGGCGGAGACGAGUGAGACGAACAUGGGCAAGCAGACGGAGAGGGAGGGAUUGGAGAAGAGCAAGUUGUAAAUGUGCAUUGAUAAUGAAAUGCUUGAGAAAUGUGGUUGAAUACACAGUUUUAAAUCGAUAACUCCUCCAAUCUGAAU